AUGACUUCGAAUGCCUCGAAAACAGAGCGCAACAACUCUAUUGUCGCCUUGGUAUUCAGGAUAGCAGCAGCAUUUGCUAUCAGUUCUGCGAUAGCCAUUGCGACAAUAUCAAAAAGAUUUGUGACAUCCAAAACCCAGAAAAGCGAGUGCGAAACCAGACUACCGACCGUAUCGCACUCUCUGGGCACGCCUACCGUCCAAGAAAGCGAAUGCAGAGCGAGACCGUCGACCGCACCGCACUUUCUGGACCUGCCUCCCGAGCUGCGCGUAGCCAUCUACGCUUCCUUUAUUCCGCCUACAGGAUGUCCAUGCGCAGGCAAAUACUUCCGCCGAGUCUGUCGUCAAGUCCAGGUCGAAUUUGACAAUGAGAUCGCAAGGCAGAUGACGAUCCGUCUCAGCAAGUCCGUCGCUUCAGCACCGUUUCGCGUUCAGUGGCAAGUGCACACAUGCGACUCACCUCUGUACCUGAGUCUCCCGAUCUCUAUCCUCGGCGCCAACGAGUAUUACGACAUGUACCGGGAGAAGUGGCCGGGUUCCUCCAAUUCUCACACCUACCGCUUGUUGUCCGCGCUCCCCACGUACGUCAAGACCGCGCGUAUAUCGUUCGAAAACGGCACGAAUGUGUCAGAAUGGUACGCCACGUACCAGAUACAGAAAGUUAAGAGCGCGAUCUCAAGCUUCAUGCUCGACAGUAAGGAAGAGACCAAGUGCGAUCUAAAGUGUGUCGAGAUGUAUUGGGGUGCUUUGGUGCCGUCGAAGGCGGGGAGGAGUGUGUUGGCUACUGUAGACAAGAGGCUGAAGCUGGACGACGAUUGGAGGUCACCUGAUGGUGAAAGGGGGUACGGAUUAGGCUGCUCAUGGACAAGGAAGACACUCUGCUGA